AGCUCACCCCCCGUCUCGGGGAUUCGCACUGCCGACCUUCCGAUCGGCAAGCCCUAGGGUGUGAUCCAAGCUGGUACUGGGGAUCAACUUAAGAUGGGGACAAAGCAGCUCCCUAGAACCAACAGGCCUCUUGGAGUGAGCAGCUGUGAGUGCCAGCUUUUGACUCACACAGAGACCUUCCCCAAGCGUGGGGGCUCUGCUGGGUUCUUAAGCAAGGGAGGAAACUUGCAAAGGAAGAGGAAGACUGUGAGCUCAGGGACUGCGCUUAUGACAUGGGAAGAAGGCCGUGUAAACAGAGGCUUAACUCCCUGGGAAGUGGGAGAUGUGCAGAGCAGCAACAGGGCUUCUCUGUGUGCGAUUCUGUGAUUCCAUCCCCUGCUGGCAGCCGAUUUCAGCUUCUCUUGUUUGCACCAGACUGUCUGAGACUGUUGAGACAAAGGUGAGGAGAGACUGAGAAACGCAAGCCCUGGGGAGAGAGAGGGAAGCUCAGGGAAGAUUCAAAUCAAGGCACCUUUGGCAAACUGAGUGAGGUGGGGUCAUGGAAGUGAAGGAAAUAGCUGCUCUAGGCAAAGACUGGACGAAAUGGAGCGAGCCCUGGCUCCUUUCUGCAGAGCAAAGGACUGAAACAGGCUCUGUUGGAAAUCAGUGAGGACUAGAACCUUAUAUGUAGAGCAGAGGGGGCGUGAUGGCGAAGAUUCUCGGCUCCUCCAAGCCGAGGCACAAUGGAUCAAGCCCAAAGGUCAAGCUUUUGGCGUUGACUUACAGAGCCAGUUCUGGGCAUAUGAAGGCGUAAAAAAGAAAGGUGCCUCUGAGCAUGUGCAAAAUGCCAACCUCCUCCCUCCCUCCCUGACCACCACUGUGUCUCCUCUGUCUGGGAUUAGUAGGUGGUGGGUCCUGGCAGGCGCCCUUCCACUCCCCUCGCGCCCCUUUAAAGGUGUCUGGUGGUUCCUGCUGGUUCUCAGUCACCACUUUUCUCCUGAAAGGAGCCCCCCACUAAAAAAGGGGGGGGUUGAUCCACGUAGGCACCUUUCUGAAUGCAAAAAGAGCAGCUGCGGAACAGAGCUUUUGGGUUUGUCCUGAGUCCCCCUGGCUCCCCGGCUCCCUGCUGGAAGAUGCGUCAUCCAAACCCAUUUGAAGUGUGUUUAUUUCAUUGCCUCGGAUGUGAGGUGACUCGAAAAUUUAAGGAACAGGAGACCUGCUGGAUCCAGCCAAAGGCCUCUGAGCCCAGCCUCCUGUCCUUGUGGCAGCCAACCAGAAGGGAGACGACCUGAGCAUAACACCAGCGCACUCCCAGCUUGCGAUUCCUCGUAUUCAGACUGCCGGAUUAGGUCAUAGCUAUAACCUUUGGCAGCUGUAAUCCCUCUAUGAAUGUGUCUAGUCCUCCCCCCUCAAAAAAGCCAUCUAGGUUGGUGGUUAUCAUUGCCUCCUGCUGGGAUUUCCUCACAAGCGCCCACAAGGACCAGCCUGUUGUCACCCCUCAGCUGGAAAGCCCCCCUGUUGCCCCCCAAGAGAGCCAUGGCCUUUCCAAUGCCCCAGAGAAGGAUGGCAGCGAGAAAUGCUUCAAGCCCUCUGGCGGGCUCCUCUCCAGUGGAGACACCGGCUCCCCCCGCACCUACCACGUGACGGCCCUAGCCACCUCUUCCCUGGGGGGCCUCGUUCAGAGCAUCAAAGACCACGUCACCAAGCCCACAGCCAUGGCCCGUGGCCGCGUGGCCCACCUCAUCGAGUGGAAGGGCUGGAGCGCUCCGAGGACGGGCUGGGAGCAGGCCCUGACGGAGGAGGAAAUCUACGCCGACCUCACCGAUGAGCUGAAGGAGGCCUGGUUUGCAGCAGGUGUGGCUGAGCAGUUUGCCAUUGCCGAAGCCACGCUGAGUGCCUGGUCCUCCCUGGAUGAAGAGGAGCUGAAUUAUGGGGGGGAUUCACAGGAAGGCCCCCAGCUCCAAGACCUGAGAGGCCUCUAUCUGUCGCCGGGGACCUUUCUCCUCACCCCGCAGGGCACAGGGAGCCCCUCCAACUUGGACAGCAGCCUCCCGGCCUUCUCCCUCUCCAGCUGCAAGUCCCCCCUCACCACCGGCUGGAGCACCCCGAUGGACAGCCUGGCGAAGGGCUUGCCCCAGGAAGCGGGGCAGGAGAGCCCCGUGGGGUCAUUGUGGCUCCAGCGCAGCAGCACCUCCCUCCGAUAUGUUGACAGCAGCUCCCUCUCGGAGGACGAGGUGUUCUAUAACUAGAGGACUCUGGAGGAAGGGCAGAGGCUGGGCUGGGGGGCUUGGGUCAAGGGUUCCACCGUCGCAUCUGGCGGGCGUUCCUGAGCACUCGAGGAGGUUCUUCAAAUUGUGGCACCCUUGGAUGACGUCUGCUUGCUCAAGCAAGCCCUGGAGGAGGUCACGACAGUUGAAUCACUUCAAUCAUACGCUCCUCCUAUGGGUGCACCCCCCCCAACACCUCCCCCCCCAAAGCAGUUGUUGCUUUUUUGGUGGGUAUAAUCUCACUGCUAGGUAAAAGGUAAAGGG